AGUAAUCUGCCACCACACGAGCAACCGUUACCGCCGGAUCCGGAAGAGGAAUGGCUGGAGGAUCUGUCCCACACUGCCUUUGGGGAGCGGAUCUACGCAGGACUGGAUGGGGACCCAUUGUCGACAAAGGGAGGCAGAGAGAAGUCGUCAGUCGUUCUCAGCAAUGCCGGAGGAGGGUAUCGACGGAGGCGAGAUGGAGAUUGUGGACUUGGAUUUCGGCUUGUCAAGCGAGAUUGCUGCACCGGUUACGAACAUUUGUGCAUCGAACCACGUCGCCGCCACGACCGUGGGACAAACGUCUGUGCAUGAGGUGGGAGUGGCGGGCCGUUGUGGAAGGUCCUGUCCGGUGGGUGGCAGCACAGAUUGGUGUCGUUCGACGCCCUCCUCUCGAGGCGCGGGAACAUUUGGUGACAAGGCGAGGGCAGUGUUACCCCCCCACUCGGCAACGUCUUCGCCUACACCACGCCGGAGGGUGACCGCGCCGGCGCCGAACACGAGCACUACCCCGCUGGAAGAAAUUGGCAGGCAGGUAUGGGAGUCCUGUCGCCAACAGAUGCGCAGACCGACCGUUGAGAACAUAACGAACGGGAUGUCUAGGAUGCGUGUGGGAAGCGAUGCUGAUGCGGACGACACCCGGAGGGCGAGUGGUGACAAAUCUUCAAAUUUUCAUUGCGAGGACGACGCGGAAGAUGCGAAAGAGUUGGAGAUUCGACACUUGGGUGUGCGUGGUAGAGCGAGGGGUGGAUGUGGGCGUCAACAGAAGGCCGUAUCCCGUGGUGGUCGAGUAUUGAAGGCUCCUGCAGGCGAGAAGGGUGGCAAACAUCCGACUUGGAGUGUUGAGGAGAUGUUGAAGCUUGAUCGGGCGAAGCGGGAUCAGCAAGCUCAUUUCGAUGGAAUGCCGCACAACUACGGGCACAUGCGCAACUGGGAACGGAAGCCGCGGGACCUGCAAAAGUGUUUGGUGGAGGUGGGCGUGAAGAGGACGACCGACGGAGAAUCCAUCGCCAAGGGAGAUGCGGGUGAUGACAACGACGAAGAUGGAGGGUCGGUGCAGGAGUCCGGGUUCAGUGUAAGCAGCACAGGCGGGGCUGACAAGAGGAAGAACAUACACCAGCAGACGUUCGACGCCAUCGCUGAAGUCAUGGAGAAGCCUGAUGCAUUGAUGGCAAACACUGUGGAGGGGGCAAGCAAGCGGCAGUGUCCAACCCUGGAGCGAGAGUGCGACAUACUCGAGCGUGAGGUCGACGCUCAGAAGCGACACUAUGAGGCGUCCGACGAGGCGAACAUGGUGAUGUGCAUUGCAUUGUUGGAGAUCGCGAAAACCAUCAGAAACAAGUCUUAAUGCCGCCUCAGCUCUGCGGCCGGUCGUCAUGUCGAUACAUGUGUUGACGUUACAUCCCUUGCUUGUUUUCCGUCGGUGCCGCAAUG